GGAUAUUAGAAGGAGGAUUGUGACGUCAUUUAUCCACGCAUUUAUCCUAGACCCAGGCCUAGAAUGAACUGAACGAGUAGAAAAAAUACAACAAACCAAGACAGAUCUUUUUAUUAUAUAUUUGUUGUAGCAAUGUGUAAGAAAAAAACCCAAAUAGAUGUUCUCUAAGCCUUUCUUCAGCAGGUCUGUUUUCUUCAGUCUAUGCCCAAGCGACUUUAACCUCAGAAAAAACAACAAAAUUUCUGACAAAAUAAUCAUCGUUAGUAUUUUUUCCUUUAAACAUUUUCGUAUUCAACAAAUCUAUCAUUCUCAGACCAGAAAGGAAUGCAAACCCCUUGACUGUCAAAAAUUAUAUAUUGGGUGCGAAUUAUUGCAAUUUUUACAGUCUAUCGACCUCAUAGUUGUUGUCUCAAGUUGACUUUUGUUAUUGUAUAUCUACUAUCUAUCUGCGUACCCCGCUAAAAUUUAUUCAUAAAGUAGCUUCUUUCUUAAAGUACAUAAUUUCCGUAUUUUGUAUUGUAUGUUAUAUUUUGUCACGAUAUUUGGCGUCACACAUUUGAUUGUUUUGCAGUAAGAAUAAAAAAGCCCUUCCGAUGACGGGCACACAAAGAAAUAGUCAUAAAUGAUUUAACAUUUGCGCAUUCGAGUAGUUUGCUAAAUCCGUUCCAGCAUUGAACAAAACACUUCCAAUUUGCAUUCGUCGAAAACAAGAGCAUGCAACUAUUUCUCCACGUACAAUCAACGAGUCUCAAACAGCUUUACUAUGAGUUAUAAAAUGAAAUUUCUAUUUAAAAUGAAGAUUUGUUAUUGUAAAUUGUUAUGUGAGUAUACAAUAUCCUUUUUAAAGAACGUACACCCUAAGAUUUCACCAAAGAAACUGAUCAUUUGUGAAUUCUCGACCUAUUAAUUUAUUGGUUGUUACAUUUUUAUAUACAAUAAAAUUUUAAGAACACGUUCGUAAAAUGACGUUCUUAUAAAAAUAAGUGUAUAUACACUACUAGUAUUGUAUACCACCAUUUUUUAUUAGCUAUUUUAAAAUAAACCGAAGAACACAGAAACACCCACAUGUUUUAUCAAAACAUGUAAUCAACUUAUCAAAUCCGUGUCCGAGGGGAGUGCCAAACGAUUAUUCGUACAACUUAAGGAGCAACUUGAGCAUCCUUCGGGCGAGCAUCGGCUCACGAGUUUGUUUCCGAUUACCAUCACCUGAAGAAAUCAAUCGUGAUACAUUGUUAUAGCCAGGUUAACAUUUUACCUUCCGGUUUCAAUAUCAUUGAAAACUCCAAAUCAUGUCGUUUCACCGAAUGAAAGAAUGGACUAAUCUUAGAAAUGUGAUGUAAUGCUCGCAAAAUUAGAAUAGCGCAUAAGGGAAACAGGUUCCCAUUUCUUCCAACAUUAUCCUCGCUUUUUAAAGUGUUCUUGAAAAUUGCGUGGUUAUCUUGUAGUUUAUUGGAAAAGAGGUAAUUUGGAGUGGAAAAUCUGGAUAAUUUGUAACAAUUGGAAAUCCGAUCACUAUCCAAUCUUGUGGCGUUUCCGGGUUGUCAGUAAGCGCUCCCUCGCGACCGCUAGCGCGCUCAAUGAAUGUGCGGUAUCAGACAGCCUCAGUUUGUGAAUAGCAGACAACACCGGAACGACUAGAAUAGGUGUUGCCCCCAACUCUCCGUCUAUAUCCGUCGCUAAGCCUACGUAGCAAGCUGAUAUGAAAAUUUAUAAACCGCUGCUCUUUCUUGCGGAGCUCAGUAGCAAUCACUGAUCGUGCAGGUAGCAAGUGUUCAAGCGACAGUCAAGAAACCAAAUUCUAUUUACAAAUGGAGCUAUUCCGCAUCUUCUUCUUUAUUAUUGGCGUGGGAAUUUUCGUAGUAAGAUUAUCUGCCAAGCCUAUAGCAGACGAGAGUUUACAAUCAUUGAUCCGGAUUGUAUCUAGUGAAACAUCGUUUUCUCGUCAUGUUCGCAUUUACUCAAGAAGCAGUAAAUGGUAUUUGAGAGUUGCAGGGUCAAAAAUAGACGCCAGAUCUAAAACCACCGACGAUCCGAAUGCUGUGAUGGUGCAAGAAUCUCUUAGUAUUAACGGAACCAUUCGCGUACGGUUACGGUCACUGGUGGAGAAUACAUAUAUAUGCGUCACAAAAGACGGCAAGCUAACCUUAGAGGACAAUGGUGCUUCGCAGAACUGUCAGUUUCUGGAAGGAUAUCGCAAAGGCUUUACACAGUUCAGGUCAAUGUACAGAAACAACUGGUAUCUCGGUUUUAAGAAGUCCGGUAACAUCAAGUUGCCCAAGAACACGACGAAGUCCCAGACAGCCUCCUUGUUUUUAGUCUCCCCAGUAGGAACGCCCUUGCCCACACGGUAAUCAAGGCUAAACUAGGGAAACUAUAGGCGAGCGAUUUAGGACUUGAAUUAUACUAUUUAAUGUUAUUUAUAUCUCAUUAAAUUAUUGCGAUGAAAAUUCACAAAAUGAUUUAUAAAUAGAAGAUAUAUUUUGAUAAGUAGGUUCCAAUUUAGAUAGACGGCAUUAAGAGUAAUAGUGGCAAAGAUUUGUGGUAUUUUUUAUAUUGUCAAGAAAAUAUCGAUCUUGUUUUAAAAAAAGAUAUGUACUGCUUGUCCGAGCUCGUAUAAAAAAUACGGAAAGACAAGCGGUUUUUCUCCAUGCUGUCAUGUCUGAGAUAAGGCGCCGCUCAAGGCUGCGUUUAUGAUAUCAUGUCAAAAUAUUGCUUUAUGAAGAGGGUUUAAUUAGAUGCUUGGGUUUCCUGUUGGAGUUUGUUUAUCAAAUUCUGGGCGGUCGCUUUCAGGUGGCCUGAGAAAAAAGAUCGUCAUCAAAUGUAAGCUAAAACUCGAGCCACACAAAUUGCAGUGGCAAGUUUAUGUUAUAUCAAGCCCAGUUCAAAGCGCGUUUAUAUUGUGAAAAGCACGUACCAUUGCUGGGACCAUCAAUAUUUUGCUGUGUGUGAACCUUUUGGUCCAUCCAAACGAUGCUGCACUAGCAAUGUUGGACCAGCGCUGUUUGAACCGGGCUUUAGGAUUGUUCUCAUACGAUCGAGACACUGCUUGCGGAGCCAAGAGGGGCCGUGCGUGGAGCCCUGCGAGUCUGUUAGAAAAAGCCCUGUUUUUUGUUGUAUUCAGUCAUUUGAAACGGAUAGAUUUUUCAUAAAAAAUCAGUUCUCCCUCAAAAUAGAUCACAAUCCUUUAAAUUAUAUCACUAUCUGAACUACUUCUAAUACAAAAACACUUUCAAGAAUAAUUUCAUUUUUACUGGUUUUGGCGAUGGAUAUAUGAUAGUGUAUUAUCAAUGAGAUAUUUAUUGCGUUUGACACAAAAAUAUGUGAAUAUUUAUAAAGAUGUUGAACGAUAUUUAAAGGUGUACAGAGUAUUUUAUCCUUAAAUUAUUAAUUUAUUUACGAUGUAUAUUGGUAAUAAAAAGUAUGUCAGAUAAAUAUAUGAUAUUUUGUAAAAUUGAAAUAAAAUAUAAUAUCUCCAGUAAA